GUGAUACAUUGUAGCCGAUUGAGUGAUGCUGGUCGGAUUCUCAGGACUCAUCUUCAUCAUCCUCCUCCUCUUCUUCAGCAUUGUUCCCGGGAAGAGAUCAUCCGCCGCCCCCUCCCUGAGGCCCCGGAAAGGAGAGGUGAGCACCGUGUGGAGCUUAUAGAAGGGAAAUGGAGCCUAUAGGAGGAAUUUGUGCGCUGAUCCUAUAGAGGGAAGGUGGACCCUCUCCUCCUCCUCUUCCUCCUCCUCCUCCUCCUCCCUGUGCUGGACCAUAUAGAGGAUUGUAUAGUGUCCAGCUUCCUGGAGAGUAUAGAGGAAGCCUGUCACCCUAUACAAGGAGAUUCUAUACUGUCCUCACCCAUCAUGGGGGAUCAUAUACCAUCCUAUCCCUGCUGGACCCUAUAGAAGGAUCCUCCACUCUCUAUUCUCAAGCCUGGAUUAUACAGAAGGAUUUUUCAUACCGCCUGGACCCUAUAGAGUCAUCUCAUAGUCAUAUCUGGACUUAUCAAAGGAUAUCAUUGUUUAUACCAAGCUGGACCCUAUGGAUCAGGAUCUACUGAUUAAUCAUUUAUAGCACAAGGCAGGACCCUGGAGCUGGAUCUCACAUACAGUCCUUGUAUAGAUCUCCCUUAUAUUCUAUAAUGUUUUUUUACAUCUGCGCUCCCCAUAUAACAACCCCUAUAGCAGGGUGAUAUUUAUUUAUCAUAUAGAUAAAAUUGAUACAAUUGUCCAUAUCCAUAUGAUAGCCCUAUAGGAGACAAUGUAUUAAGCAGAACCUACAACUGGCAGUACAUAAUCUGAGUUGUAUAGUAUCCAUAUUUUGUUUUCCUGGUAGGCCCCUAUGGAUGGCUUGGCUGUAGGCAGCUGGCUGCUGACAUCCUCCUGUACUGUAUCUAUAGGUGCAGCCCACACCUAGGGGUUACACCUUGCUAUUAAGCCCCAAAUAUAUAUUGGUGUAUGACUACAGAUUGCAUACUUUUCCAGAUUCAUAAGUCAGAUCUAUAGGAGACGCUAUAGUCAACAGAACCUAUAACUAGAAGUAAAUAAUACCAUAUCCUUUAUACUUCUUCUAUGUAUAGAGUCUUCCCCGCAAGCCCCUAUAGAUGCCUUGGCUGUAAACAGCUGGUGACGUCCCCUCCUACGGUAAGCCAUUGGUAGGUGACAUACAUUACCGUCAGGCCCUAUAUGCACUUUACAUAUCUCCCUCCAUGCUGCUCUAAGCUGGGCCCCCCCUCCUCAUUGGAUCGGGCCUUGUGACAAUGCUCUCCGCGGGUCUGUGGCCACAGGCGGCCAUCAUGUGCCCAGGAUGCCCUGGGGUUUCCCUUCUGAGGUCCGGACUCUUCUACCUGCUGCUCUUCGCUCACAGUUCCCAGGGCAAAGCCUGCGAGAAGAGCCCUUGCUUCUCCGGCCGCUGCGUCAACAACACCUGCGUGUGCGACCCCGGCUGGGUGGGGGAACAGUGCCAACACUGCCAGGGGAGAUUCAAAUUGACAGAGCCCUCGGGAUUCCUCACUGAUGGACCAAUCAACUACAAGUACAAGACAAAGUGCACAUGGCUAAUCGAGGGAUACCCCAACGCCGUCCUGCGGUUGCGAUUCAAUCACUUUGCUACAGAGUGCAGCUGGGACCACAUGUACGUCUAUGACGGAGACUCCAUAUACUCCCCUCUGAUCGCAGUACUCAGUGGUCUGAUUGUCCCAGAGGCAGCGGGGAAUGAGACGGUCCCAGAGGUGGUCACCACGUCCGGAUACGCUUUGCUUCACUUUUUCAGCGACGCUGCUUACAACUUGACCGGCUUCAACAUCUUCUACUCUAUUAACUCUUGUCCGAACAAUUGCUCAGGACAUGGCAAGUGCACGACGAGCAGCUCGGUCCCUGGAAGAGUAUACUGUGAAUGUGACAAGUACUGGAAGGGUGAAGCCUGUGACAUUCCAUAUUGCAAGAACAACUGUGGCAGCCCUGACCAUGGCUACUGUGACCUAACGGGAGAGAAGCUGUGUGUGUGCAACGACAGCUGGCAAGGUCCAGAUUGUUCACUGAAUGUUCCCUCAACCGACUCGUACUGGAUUCUGCCCAAUGUAAAGCCCUUCAGCCCUUCAGUGGGCCGGGCGUCACACAAGGCGGUCAUGCACGGGAAGUUUAUGUGGGUGAUGGGCGGCUACUCGUUCAACUACAGCGCCUUCCAGAUGGUACUGAACUACAAUGUGGAGAGCAGUAUCUGGAAUGUAGUGCCGGUCCUACGGGGGCCCCUUCAGCGAUAUGGACACUCCCUUGCCCUAUAUCAGGAUGAGAUCUACAUGUAUGGUGGGAAAAUUGAGACCAGUGCUGGGAAUGUCACUGAUGAACUUUGGGUAUUUAACAUCUCCAGCCAAUCAUGGACGACGCGAACCCCCAUGGUGCUGAAUCAUGGACAGCACUACGCAGUGGAGGGCCAUACGGCACACAUUGUGGAACUGGACACCCGGGAGGUGAUAAUGGUCAUCGUAUUUGGCUAUUCUUCAGUCUACGGCUACAUCAGCAAUGUGCAAGAGUACCACUUACGUUCCAACACCUGGCUGGUUCCAGAGACACGGGGCGCCAUCGUCCAGGGAGGUUACGGUCACACCAGCGUCUACGAUCCGAUCACAAAGUCUGCGUAUGUGCAUGGAGGGUACAAGGCUCUGCCAGGGAACAAGUAUGGCUUGGUGGAUGAUUUGUACCGAUACGAGGUGAACACCCGGACCUGGAUGAUCUUGAAGGAGAGUGGAUUGUCGCGGUACCUGCACUCGGCGGUUGUCAUCAGUGGCGCUAUGUUGGUAUUCGGUGGAAACACCCACAAUGACACAUCACUCAGUAACGGCGCCAAGUGCUUCUCAGCUGACUUCCUGGCUUAUGACAUUGCCUGCGAUGAAUGGAAAGUUCUACAGAAGCCCAAUCUACAUCGGGACGUGAAUCGUUUUGGCCAUUCGGCAGUUGUCAGUAAUGGGUCCAUGUACAUAUUCGGAGGAUUCUCCAGUGUCCUCCUCAACGACAUCUUAGUGUACAAACCUCCAAGCUGCGAGGCCUUCCGCACCCAGGAGCAGUGCACCGGAGCUGUACAGGGGAUCAGCUGUCUGUGGGACCGCGGUCACUGUGUCUCCUGGGAGACUGCACAUGCCAGCAGCAGCCUCUUCCAUGCACAUUGCCCAAACAAGUCUGCGCCAGCUGAUGACCGAUGCUACAAGAACACCGACUGUGCCAGCUGCACCGCCAACACCAACGGAUGCCAAUGGUGUGACGACAAGAAGUGUGUGUCCUUGAGUAGCAACUGCAGUGUGUCUGUGAAGAAUUAUAUGAAGUGUUAUGUGAGGAACGAGCAGAUCUGCAACAAGCUGACCAGCUGUAAGAGUUGUUCACUCAACCUGAACUGCCAGUGGGACCAGCGCCAGCAGGAAUGCCAAGCUCUGCCCGCUCACCUGUGCGGAGAGGGGUGGAGCCACGUGGGCGAGGCCUGUCUGCGCAUCAAUUCCAGCCGUGACAGCUACGACAAUGCCAGAGUGUACUGCCACAACCUGAGCGGGAGUCUGGCCUCCCUCACCACCCCGAAGGAAGUGGAAUUCGUCUUGGAUGAAAUGCAGAAAUACACAGUGCAGAAACUAUCGCCCUGGGUGGGCUUACGGAAGAUCAACGUUUCCUAUUGGGGCUGGGAAGAUAUGUGCCCGUUCACCAACACCACUCUCCAGUGGCUUCCAGGAGAGCCGAGCGACUCCGGCUUCUGCGCUUAUCUGGCGAGAGCUGAAGUGGCGGGACUGAAAGCCAACCCAUGCACUGCCAUGACGGACGGCCUGGUGUGUGAGAAGCCAGUUGUCAGCCCCAAUCAGAAUGCCCGGCCCUGUAAGCUGCCCUGCUCCCUAAGGACCUCGUGCUCCAACUGCACCAGCAACGGCAUGGAGUGUAUGUGGUGCAGCAACACCCGGCGCUGUGUGGACUCCAAUGCGUAUAUCAUCUCCUUCCCCUACGGCCAGUGCCUGGAGUGGCAGACCAACACCUGCUCCCCCCAAAACUGCUCAGGGUUCCGCACCUGUGCACAGUGCCUGGAGCACCCCGGCUGUGGAUGGUGUAACGAUCCUUCAAAUACCGGAAAGGGACAGUGCAUAGAAGGCUCAUCCAGGGGUCCUAUGAAGCCCCAGGGGAGGCACUCCAGUGAGAUGGUCCUGGAUACUGGCCUGUGUCCCAGAGAGAAAAACUAUGAGUGGUCUUUUGUACACUGCCCAGCCUGUCAGUGUAAUGGGCACAGCACGUGCAUCAACAACAACGUGUGCGAGCAGUGCAAGAACCUUACAACGGGUAAACACUGCGAGACCUGCAUGCCCGGGUACCACGGUAACCCCACCAAUGGCGGCGAGUGCGAAGCCUGCGAGUGUAACGGACAUGCCAGUAUCUGUGAAAUGCAAACUGGAAAAUGCCACUGCACCACCAAGGGGAUUAAAGGAGACCACUGCCAGCUAUGUGAUUCUGAAAAUCGAUAUCUGGGGAACCCCCUGCGAGGAACCUGCUACUACAGUCUUCUGAUUGACUAUCAGUUCACCUUCAGCCUCAUCCAGGAGGAUGAUCGUCACCACACAGCCAUCAACUUCAUUGCCAACCCUGAGCAGUCAAACAAGAAUUUGGAUAUUUCUAUUAAUGCAUCCAACAAUUUUAACCUCAACAUCACGUGGUCCAUCGGAUCUACAGCUGGCACGAUAUCGGGGGAAGAGGUCCCGCUGGUGGCCCGGUCUAACAUUAAAGAAUAUCGGGACAGUUUCUCAUGUGAGAAGUUUAAUUUCCGGAGUAAUCCCAACAUCACUUUCUAUGUCUAUGUUAGCAACUUCUCCUGGCCAAUCAAAAUCCAGAUUGCCUUUUCCCAACACAACACCAUCAUGGACCUGGUCCAGUUUUUUGUCACCUUCUUCAGCUGUUUCCUGUCGCUCUUGCUGGUGGCCGCGGUGGUUUGGAAGAUUAAACAGACGUGCUGGGCCUCACGGCGGAGAGAGCAACUCAUGCGAGAGCGUCAGCAGAUGGCGAGUCGUCCCUUUGCCUCGGUGGAUGUGACGCUCGAAGUCGGAGCGGAGCAGGCGGAAUGUUUGCGAGCACCGGUGGAGGGUGUGCCAAAACCAAUCGCCAUAGAACCAUGUUGCGGGAAUAAGGCCGCCGUCCUAACUGUUUUCCUCUGUUUGCCAAGAGGGACGAGUGGGGUUCCUCCGCCCGGACAGUCAGGUUUGGCAAUCGCGAGUGCAUUGAUAGACAUAUCUCAGCAGAAGUCAUUGGACUGUAAGGAUAAAAGUUCAUGUGUGCGAAAUCGCAAGCCGCACCCGCCGACCAGACAGGGGACUUGUGUCUGAAAUCGCCCCAAAAAAACAAAACAAAAAAACAACCACAGAUGGAUUUUGACAAUGUCGAUUUUCUUUUUUAUUUUGUUGUCGUUGUUUUCUUUACCUAAAAAACGGCCUCCGCUGAAAGGUGCGCUGCCACCGGCCGUCUCAUCUCCUCCGACAUGGGUCCACCAAGCUCUCGCCAUCAGGACCUUUCAGGAGCUGCAGGGAGGACAUCCAUGCGCGAGGCCGCCGCGUGUGCCCCCACGGGAGGAAAUUCUGGCGUUGGGCCAUCUUGGAAUGUCCCGGGAGAGCCGAGGAACGUUCAGAUAAAAAAAGGACAAAUAAUAAUUCUGUGUAAAUAUAUUGUGAACGUCCACAGAAGGUGGAAUGUGAGUUUGCAGCAUGUCCGUAGCCAGUAACAAGGAGAGGGUAGAUAUUAAAAGGGGUACUUGAACAAGAUAAGCACUAUCUAGACUUUUUAAAUUAUUGUCAAAAGGGACAGCAGAGCAGUCAAUGUACAUAAUUCUACCGCCGGACCGGCACAAUAUACACAGACCAGGAGACGGGCAACCACGAGCCCGCCGUUCACGUUAUUCAUAUGCUUCCCGGUACGGAUUAGAGGACACCUGACACGAGGGGAUUACCACUUUUUCUUUAUAAGGAGAUUUUUUUUUGCAAAAUACAGUAAUAUUUCAGGUCAGGAAUCGUGCGCUAUUUUAUCAUCCACUCCCCAUUCUAGAAUAACCAGCGGUACGGUUAAGAAAAGCAAAAGUCCACCACCACUUACAAUAAAAAGUCCCAUGAUUCUUCCAGGUGUUUUUUUCUGUUAGAAAUUGUUUAUUUUCUUGUUGGUUUAACUUUUGAUAUAUAUAUUAUUAUUUUUUUUAAGCCAGGAAUUACAUGCCUUUUAAUAAUUUCAUAGCCCAGAAUAUCUAGUGAUAUCAUUUAAAAAAAAAGCUUCAAUUAUUUUUUCCUGGUUUUGCUUUUGACUUUUCUUUUUUUUUGUGGGUAGAUUUUUAUUUUUUCAUUCCUAAAGAACAUUUCUUAAUUAUUAUUUUUUUUAACAGAAGUUGAUGUCAGAAACUGUGUGCUUUUCAUUAAUUUGCUGCCCAGAAUAACCAUUGGUACCAUUAAAAAAAAGAAUUUACUACCCGGCAAGGAGCCCCACAUUUUUUUCCUGGUUUUGCUUUUGGCUUUUAUUUCCUGUGGGUAGAUUUUUUAUUUUUUUAUUUUUUUUAAGUGUUUCCAGUUCUAGAUUAGAGAACACUCAACAGUUGCAAGAGGGGAAUUUACCUUUUUUUCUUUUUAUUGCUCAUCACCGUAUUCCGUAAUCAUCCAGGUCAGAAAUCCUGCCGUUUUAUUAUUCUACUUCCCAAUUCAAACUAUCUAGCGGUACCGUUCAAAAAAAAUAAAAAUAAACAUCCAUCACUUACAACAAGGAGCUGCACAUUUCUCUCUUUUUUUAUUUUUUUUACGGUGAGAUUUUUUUUUUUCGUUAAUGGGUUAGUGCAAUAAACAGCCUUUAUAACGUUAAGGACAAGCCCAAGUGUUUUUAUGGCGAUUUUUAUCUUUAUAGCGCUUUAUUUACAUAACCCGGUUUCCCGGUACUGCUAAUCUCUUAAAAAGGCAGGCAAAGCCGCUGUUUACGUACAAAGACGUUUGCUGGUCGAUGUCAGGACGCAAAGAGAUAGAUGUAAUGGAUUGUUAUUCUUAGCGACACCUGUUAUGACGGGGGCCUUUGUACCAAGCCGGUGACAGACACCACGCACCCGAAACAUGCUCCUUUAUAUUGACACAAAAUAUCACGGGUGACCGGCGACAUUGUUUAUACAUGCUGCAGGUGCGGUAGCACCGAGGCAAUCACUGCGACGAGGACCUUUUGUAUCACAGAGGGGAAUAGUAAAUAUCACAGACAUACUGAAGCAGAAAUGAAAAAUGAUGUUUUGCGAUCCGGAUGUCCCAUUUUCCCCAUCUCUCUCUCCUGCGGGGGAGGGGUUUUAUUUUUUACUGUUUACAAUGGACUUUGUAGGUAAUGCAUGCCGUUCUGGUGCAAUGGAAUAUUAUAUUCCUCUUCUGUUUUUUUUUUUUUAUUAUUAUUAUUAUUUGUUUAUGUGUUUCAUUUUGUAAUUCUGUUCCUAUGGGAAGAUUCAGCUUUUUGUUUUUUGCUGAAAAUGUAUAAUAUUAUAUAUAGAACACGAUGUACAGUUUGUAACUACGUCAUAUAUGGGGGGGAAGGGGGGCGGGGGGGACUCUCGCCGUUGCAUUCGGUUGGGAAAUGCGACAGUAUUCCAAUUAAUAAAAUAAAAAAAUGUGUUUUUAUGGUGAUACAUAUGCAACUUCCUGAUGUCAGGCUGGAGGGCGCUCCACUUUUUAUUGAGACAAAGCUGAAAAUUCUUUUUUGGUAUUUCUUGUUCACACUGGAAUUAAACGACAGUUGUGCGGUUUUGUCAAAUGUCUGAAUGACGCACGGGGACAAGAAUUCACUGAGGAAUAAAAAGAGCCUUCAACGUCC